AUGUUGAGCCGUCGCACUGUGAGCGACCAGCCUCGCAACUGGUCUCGUGAAUCUGGCAGUUCCCAAGAAGAAUACAUUGUCUAUGUUGGCAACCGCGUCACUCAGCCUGAGAGACAGCCUGUCAAUGCACCUUCCGACAAUCUGGCUCAAAAGAACAAGGGGUUUGCACGAUUUUUGCAGAAGCACUCGUCGCCCACUCACCAGCGUGUUACAGCUGGAGGUCGGAUCGUGCCCAUGGAGCAGCGACCGCGCCCUCCCGUCUUCAGCUUGCCUCCGAACGAGACCACCACCCUCGAUCUCCCGCAUGAGAAAGCAACUGAUGAGGCACAUGAUCUCUGCCAGAAAGAGGUUGAGGACAAAGGCAGUAGCGACGUCCAGGCCACUUUUGGCACAAUCGUCCAACCUCAUUUCCACUCAGUCGCAGAGACCUUGGAUGGCAAACCUGGCCCUGGACUCGGUGCUGGAUUGGAUCUUCAAAUCCUACCUUCACCAGAUCCUCUUUCUCCUCUUUCCCCCAACCCAACCCAGCCAAGUGGGUUUCCUCUCUUGCAAGCGCCUUCGAUGUUUUCUGGUCAAUCAUUUGAUGCAUAUGGCCUGCCGACCCCACCCCUGUACCCAGCACCGGUGAUGACAUUGAACUCAGUCAUGAACACCACUGGUGCACCAUAUUGCAUGCCGGGUUAUACGGUUACAGCCCACCCCUAUGCAGAGAUGUACGGAUUUGCCAAUGCCCAGCCAGUCGUUGACAAUCAGAAUUCCUACCUCUACUGCCAUCAAAUGCUGCUGAGUGCUGUGGCACGCUUCGAAGAGCUCGACAAGCAACUCAAGUCACUUGACCGCCACCGUGCCAUGACCAAACUGGAGCCCAAUCUGAAGGAGCAGCGCGUCAUGGUAGUUCAGCAGCGCGCCGAAGCAAAACAGACGAUCACUCACUGGGAGCGCUGUCUCGCCAACGCAACGCCUCUUGCCUUGGAGCCGCCUGGACUACAGCAGUCCAAAGUCCUGAAUGUUCAAGCCCCGGCCUAUGUUCCCCUUGCAUCUCCCGUCAAAUCCAUCAUGCCGAUGUCUGCAUCGACCAGCAAUGACCCCAAGGCCGAAAGCUUCCAUAGCAGCGUUCAUGUCAAUAAGGCAGCCCCGAAGCGAAUUCCAAUUGUGCCUCCCACAGCUCCGCCGCCCCCUCAAUGCCAGGCCUCUCCCCCGGCCGACCAUGAGAGCGUGAAAGCCACUGAGAGCAAGCCCGAAGUUGAUGAAUGGGGUGUUCGUAAAGGCCGGCCUCCACCACACAUUGAGAGGGAACAAACAAGAAUGCUUGAGGCCAUCCUUCGCGAAAAUAAAAAGUCCUCCCAGGGCUCUCAACCAAACUCAGCAUGCUCGGUCGCUCCGGUCAUUUCAGCUAGCUCAAGCUUCCACGCCAGGUCGAGCGAGAAUCUUCCACAACCUGUUCCGGAUGACGAUGACAUGGACAAUGCUGAGUGGCUGCGACCCAACCCAGGACGUGCACCUCCACUUGUGGAGGCAUAUUACGAGAGACAGCUUGACGCGAUGCGAUUGCCUGAGGGAUGGGUUGCUGACAUCGAGCUUCCUGACGGUAACGUCACCCGUGUUCCUGGCCGGAAUCUGCAACGCCCCCCAUCGUUCGAGAUGGAUGAGUUCGAGUCUCAGUACUGGACAAAGCGACCGGUGUUGACCAAAGAUGUCACGAAGAGGUUUGUGCGCCUCCAUGACAUGCGUCAUGUGCAGUCGUCAGACAUGGCACAUAGCACUGUGAGCUUCAGCAACCUCAGUUUCGACAGUGACACUCAGAUGAAGGAGACCACCAACGGACUCUUUUCCACGAAUAGCUCCCAGUCUUCGCGUCAGCACAAACCAUUGGCUCCAUUGCUUGUUGAGACAAGCCCCAAUGCAUUGGCAGUGAAGCAGACAUCGGCACUUGGUUCCCCUACUUGGACACAGUGGGCACACUCAAGCUCCCCAUGGGUGACUGAAGGAAAUUCAUGGCAAGAUGGAGAAUCAUCGUUGGACGCCCAUGCCAACAAGGGAUACUCAUCGGUGGCCGUGCAAAACGUGCAUGCAUUGGGUAGAUUGCCUCACAUGAUGGACGGAACUUGGGAUGGACAACGACGAUCUGCUAAGACGUUGCUUACCGCGGCCGGCAAGCUUCGAAGCCCCACGCUGGUUCACAGACCAAGUCCAACUGGUGGUGUUUGGUAUGGACCACAUUCCCGUGGGGUCGGCAACAAUGAUACCAACAUUGAGAGCAACUAAGUGAGAGUCGUCUGAGACCAGAAGGUAGGCACACAAAGAGCCAAUGUUGGACAGUGGUGUCGUCAAAACAGAAUGAUUGUCUUUUUCCGCGCGCAGGGCCAGAGUUGUUGGUCAACAGGGAGGAGUUGGUUCAGUAUCAGGGGCGACAUUGGACGGCAUUGGUCCUGGAGAGUCAAGUUGGAGACGCGGUUGGUAUGAACGGUUGUAUGGGGCUUUCCGAAUAUUGCAAGCCAGCAUGUCAUGUGGAAUCACCACGUGAG